AUGUCGUAUGUUCCCAUUGCCGUCGAAAAGUGUCACAUCGCGCUAACAUCAGAUAGCAAUCAUGAAAGAGUUCAUGGAGCCACGCCCUAUUCUUCCUCUGGAUCUUCCGUAACCCUUACCGGCUCUGCAUCCUCAACAUCAAGUAUCGUACCAUCUUCCUCGGCCCGAGAUAAAUUGCAAGAAAUAGCAUCACUGCUUCCCGCUAGUGAUGAGCCCUUUUUCGAACAAUUUUCAAGCAUCAAAAAAUUUAUGGAAGGACUCAAGCAGGCUUUGGAAGAUGCAAAGUUUGCUUCUGAAAAGUUUAUCGCAACAAAAACAAUUGUACAUGAUAUGUACCACGAUGAGUUGGACCUGAAAACAUUGUUCGACAAGUAUGCCAGCGACAUGAGAAAUGGAAACGGAGAUUGUGAGAUUCCAGAAUUGGACCUCGGACAAAGAUUCCAUUUAGCGGUUGUCUUCGGCCAUAGAUUUGGAUUUGGGGCAUGCUAUUAG